AGAAGAACACUGUUAAGGAGAUAAACAUGCUUUCUUGAAUGUUUGUUCUACUUUUUACCUCAAAAUUGUUUAUUGAUGAUUACUAAUGAACUUCAAACACUAGUUUUAACUUCGAAAAUACUCUAUAAUCACUGGUUUUCAAGAAACUGAAAGGUUUUCGUGAGUUAUUGUCGUGAAUGCGAGGGAAAACUGUCGGCCUUGCUUUGGUAAAUGUUACGGUAAGUUUGCUCAGCUGUCCAAGGCCCCGUGGAAAAGAUCCCGUUUCCCUGGAUACUCAUAAAGAUUGUUACUUGACUAUUUGAGAGCUUUACAAGACCAUUAACGCUAAACUUCAUAUAUAGAAGACGUAAAACGGACCGUGAUCGUGAUACCAAAUGCAAAACAUGAGUUUUCUUCAAGUGGCUCUGAGGAAAUGUUGCUGCAGCUCUUCUAAUUUCGUUUCUUUGUGGUAGAAAAAUAUACGGCAAGACGUCUCAUCAAUGAAAUUCAAAACUCAAUCAAAGAAAGGACACUUGAACAAUGAGCGGUAAUCCAUUAUGGCAGUCGAGCUUGACAGCCAGUUUUGGAGACCUAAAACUGAAUUCCAAACCCCCAACAGGGUUGAUAAGAGAAAAGGCCAAACCACUUUUAUUGAAGUCUGAAGGAAAACAAAAACCCCAUCCCCCAACAUUACCCAAAAAGACACAACCAACUGGAGAAAACCUUCUUCUAAAUAAACCAACACCUCCAUCGAUACCAAGAAGUAAAAACACAUUUCAAAGGAAGUUUUACAAGACAGAGGAAGCACUUUUUGAAGACAGAGUGUGCGGCGAUGGGGAAUCAUGCAAGGAUGAUGAUUAUUUUGAAAAAGACAUUGUAUGGGAACGACAACCAGGAGAUGGAUGUUUCUCAGAUAUUGCAGAAGAAGAUGAAGAUGAUGUUGAUGACAGUGAUAAUGACUGUACUGUGGAGGGAGAAGACAAUUUUGAGGAUGAAUACUACGAAUGUGAUGAGAUGGUUGAUGGGGAAGAGCUUAAUGGGUUUUCUGAUGAUGAUGGUGAUGAUGAUGAUUGUGCUUCAAGCUGUACUACCCCUUCUAGAGUACAGUCAGCCAGGUCCAGAUUAUCAAGUGCAGCUAUUAAUAAACAGAAAAGUUCAACAUCUGCAUCUAGAUUAACAAGCAAAGCUAACAGUGCAAGGCAUGCAGCUUCUCCUGGUUCUUGUAGACAAACCAAUAAUUGGGUCCAGUCUGGAAGCAACGAAGAUGGGGAUGUCAAACCAGCAUUAGUACAAAGCUUGUUCAAGCAUGUACCACCAACCAUCUAUUUUACCAUUGAAGGUGAAAAAGUUGCCUCACUUCCACACGAUCUUCGUAAACUUUUGAAAUGGAAAAUGAGUUCAAUAACUCCCAAUGUUAUCAAGCAAUGUAUAGCAAGGUCUGGAUUUAAGCCAACUAAAAGAUCCAGUGAUUGGAUUGGCUAUUGGGGAAAACACAUGAAAGCUACAGCAUUUAAAUCUGUGAGGGAAUAUCAAAAGGUAAACCAUUUCCCAGGAACAUUCCAGAUAGGAAGGAAAGACAGACUAUGGAGAAAUGUUUCAAAACUCAUGAUUCAACAUGGGAAAAAGGAGUUUGGUUUCUUACCACAAACAUAUUGCCUUCCCUAUGAUUUCAAACAACUGAAAAGAGCAUGGGAUGAAGGAGGUUCAAGACAGAAAUGGAUCUUGAAACCACCUGCAUCAGCAAGAGGAAUUGGUAUAAAGGUCAUUCAUAAAUGGUCACAAAUACCAAGAAAGAGGCCAGUCAUAGUUCAGAGAUAUCUUCACAAGCCCUUCCUAAUUAACGGCAGCAAAUUUGAUCUAAGAAUAUAUGUCUACAUCACGUCAUAUGAUCCAUUGAGGAUUUAUAUUUUUGAAGAUGGUUUGGUGAGGUUUGCAACUUGCAAGUAUUCCUCAUCUGUGAAGACACUCAGUAACCGAUUUAUGCACCUGACUAACUACAGUGUAAACAAGAAAAAUGAAGGUGCUUAUCAACCUAACUCAGAUGAUUCAGUUUGCCAAGGACAUAAAUGGAGUCUCAAGUCAUUGUGGGGAUACAUGAAGAAAGCUGGUAUCAACCACAACCAGGUCUGGGAGAACAUCAAAGACAUCAUUGUCAAGGCUAUUAUUGCGUCUGAACAGUUUGUAAAUAUUCUAGUGAAACAAAAUGUCAGAAAAAGGUCUUGCUGUCAUGAGUUGUUUGGCUGUGAUGUUAUGUUGGAUGAGAAUCUGAAACCCUGGUUAUUAGAGGUUAAUAUUUCACCCAGCUUGCAUUCAAACUCACAACUCGAUAAAAACAUCAAGGGUCAAAUGAUUAAAGAUUUGCUAAACCUCGCUGCUUUUCAUAUCCCUGAAAACCUGGUCACAACAACUAAUGCAAGCWCCAACGGAAUGAACCUUUUUGUUAAAGACAAGGGUCUUUCUUCGUUAUCAUCUGAUGAACGAGCUAAGCAUGCAUUUUAUAUCAAGAAGAAUCUUGAUGAGAGAGCCAAGCAAACCAUCUUAGACACCUUAACACCAAAUGACAUAAAGAUUCUAAUAGAAACAGAAGAUGAGUAUAGUCGCCGUGGUUGUUUUCAAAGAGCCUUUCCAUCAAUGACAUCUCACAAGUAUUUACAGUUUUUUCAAGUUAAUAGGUAUUAUGAUAUUCUUCUUGAUGAGUGGACAAGAAAAUACCUUAGAGAAGGUAGAAGCACAAUACUGGGGGUUGGAUACCUUCAAGGUUUAGCAGAACAAAAGCUUCACCUUGGUCCCACAAAUGACCAAGCUCAUCAGUGGACCUGUCCUCAAGGUGUUUCCUAUAGAUCCCUUUCUGCCCCUUUAGUCGGUGGAGAGUAUGGCACUCUGAAACAAAGUGCGUCAAUGCCUGUGCUUCUUCCAAAAAUCAACAAAAAGAGUGUUCGAAGCAAAUCACAGCAGAACAAGAGUACUACAAGAAGUCAUAGUGUUCGAAUGAGGUCCAAGCAUUCCAUAUGACGUUUACAGGGGAGGAGGUGGGAGAGCAAGCCCUGCCUCCCCCCGAUAGAACCUGAGAGUAAAGUCGACAAAAAUCCACACACAGAAUGUACCGUAUUCAACUGUCCUCAAAAGAAAUUUAUAUUUGAACUUAUGUAUUAUCUAAGGAGGGUGGAAUUUAGCCCAGAUAGAUUUGUUCAUGAUGAGGAAGAUUGACAUUCAAGUUAUCAAGUAUUUUGAUAUUAUGUUUUAUGCAUAACAUGAGAAGCUUUUUCGUGAUUUUGAAGCAAUAAAGAUUUGUGAGUGAUACAAGAUGUACAGUCAUACAGUAUUUAGCUUAGGCAGUUUUAAAUUUUAGCGUGUUUAAUAAUGUGAUUUAACUACUGGUAGAAAUCAUUAGUUAGAAAUAAGAGUUAAAAAUAGUUUUGUAUAAAAAGGGCAACAUGAAUUUUAUCAUUUAGUUUUUUUUUUAAUAUUAUGAUAUUCUAUACAAAAGCUACUUCAAUAUUGUUAAAAUUGUUGGCCAAAUCCUUCCUUAUUUUCCAGUAACCCAUGCUUUUUACUGUUUGUAUAAAGACAGAUCAAACUUAGUAAUGUUUUUUUUUACGGUGCCACAUUGCCCUCUUUGUACGAUACAAACCUAGAUUAAUUUUAUGAAAUAAAAUAGUAUAUUGUGUAUAAGAAUGAGUUUAACCAUAUAAUGGCAAAAAGAUUUGAUUUUUAAAACAAUGUAAUAUUUUGUAAAGUAUUUAUUCAAGAGUUUCAUAAAGUGUACAUUGGAUGAUUUUCAGAAAAUUGAUUUUUUAAGAGUCU